AUGAUUUUGUUAACUAGGACAAAAAUUAAGGGGGUUUCUUUCGCAAGCAUACAAAGAAGAACCCACAGUAGACUGGUAAACCCCAUAAGGCAGCAACACCAACAGAUCACCAAGCAAAGGAGCUCCAAGAUUUUUAAGAACGUGCAUUUCUAUGACUUCAGGUCACUGCCCAAAGUGCCCACGACACAAUACUUAGAAGCCAGGGAGCUAACUCGAGAUAUUCUAUACAGCGGAUACAGACCGGUUAUGUAUCCGGUGAAGGAGAACCCGCUAUUCAGAGACAAGAAGAAGAAGUCCUUGCAAAUGCUGCUAACAGCAGACGAGGCACCAAUCACGGAAGCCAAGACAACUGAAAAGAGUAAGCACAAGAAUAUAUUGUUUGGUGAGCGUGGCACGGGUGGUAUAAUGUCAGGCGGCGUAAACGGUACAUGGAAAUACAAUCCCACUGUACCCAAUGAACUGCUGCCCUUCAAUUGGUGGUCCACGUCCAGCAUGGGUAUGGAAUACUUUCCAGAAUGGAGAAACAUACCGUCAUACAUGACAAGAAAGUUGAAGCCUUUCGAUAAACCAUUACAAAUACAGCUAAAACACAAAAGCAAGAAGAAGGAGUAA